UGUACUGCACUUCACAAUGAACUCCCAUCCAAAGUUCAAGGAGGCUGCAUCAAUGUGUGGGCAGUUCCCGCGUCGUGCUCGAAUACUGUUUCAGGCAUACAUGAACGUCAAAUACGAACAGCGACAUGACAGCGUCAAGAUGGAAGUGCUAGAGAAUACACAGCUACCAGUACUUACAUCUGCCGCACCCACAAAUAAGCAAAAAAUGCAUAUUUUUGUCCCGGUAUCAGCAGCAGAAGACAUUUCGAUUAAGCUUCUAGGCGAUAUCCUUCGAGAUUGUCAGACAUGCGUUGCGCCAGAAAGUCUAGAAAGUGUUCAUCUUGCUAUUAUCGACAACGAUUCGACUAUCGUCUACUACAAAAUCAGCGAGGGGCUGGUUUUACCGACGGAGCCUGAAGACUCACCUUCACCAUAAGUGCAGCCUUUCCUAUUUAAACCAG